AAAACCAGAACAAACAUCUCUUCGCCAGCCUUCAUCACUUUGCCGCAACGCACCCAAACGUUCGAGUCGUGAAGGCCGUAUCACCUACAACAAACAGUCAAGAUGUCUUACCAGAAGGGCGACAAGGGUGACUUUGAGGCUCCCAAGACCCACAAGAUCCGCAUCACCCUCACCUCCCGCAAGGUCCAGUCCCUCGAGAAGGUCUGCACCGAGCUCAUCGAGCGCGCCAAGGGCAAGGACCUGCCCGUCAAGGGCCCCGUCCGCCUGCCCACCAAGAACCUCAAGAUCACCACCCGCAAGACCCCUUGCGGUGAGGGUUCCAAGACCUGGGAUCUGUACGAGAUGAGAAUCCACAAGCGCCUGAUCGACCUCACCGCCCCCACCGAGGUCGUCAAGCAGAUCAUCGUCAACAUCGAGGCCGGCGUCGAGGUUGAGGUUACCAUCGCUGCUUAAGUGCACGCGGCGGUUCGCCCAAACCCCGGUCUGCGCACUCCCGCAGCGAUCACUACUCCGCACCGGCACGACACCGAAUGGCGCUUACACACCGCUGGACUAUUUCCAGCCUUGCACGUCUGUGUGUGUGCUACUGGGGCGAGCAGUGGUCGCAAGGGAGAUGCGAGAUCUUUCGUGUUGCUGGUCAAUAUCAUCUUCGACACGGGCAGUAUUGUCUGUGUCGAGCAGUGUAGCGCGGAUAGAAAUUACAAAGAGACCAUUCUGAACUGAC